AUGCCUGAGAUUGCAGAGGUCGCACGCAUAGUGCACUAUCUUAAGAAGUAUGCAACAGGAAGAGUGAUCAAGGCCGUGAAUACGCAAGAAGAUACCAUCGUAUAUGGCAAGGUCGGCACUUCAGCCUCCGAAUUUGAGAAGGCCAUGGCCGGCAAGAAGAUUAUCGACGCGAAACAGCAGGGCAAAUACUUCUGGCUUGAGAUGGAUUCACCGCCUCAUCCACUCAUGCAUUUUGGCAUGUCGGGUUGGAUGAAGUUUAGCAACGAUGACACGGCGCACUACCGCCCUGCGAAGGUUGACGAACCAGAGUGGCCACCCAAGUAUUGGAAAUUUGUUCUGGAGCUGGAGGGUGAGCCUGAUUGCCAGGUCUCAUUUGUUGACGCGCGCCGAUUGGGGAGGAUAAGGCUCAUCGAUGCGAAAGCGGAAGAUAUGCGCAAGACAAGCCCACUCAAGGAAAACGGGCCGGAUCCUGUGAUCGACCCUGACAUCUUGACCGUGUUGUGGCUAUCAAACAAACUCAAGAGCAAGAGAGUACCAGUCAAGGCGCUACUGCUGGACCAGGCGAACAUCAGCGGUAUUGGGAACUGGGUCGGCGAUGAGGUCAUGUACCAGGCCAAGCUGCAUCCCGAGCAGUACAGCAACACCUUCAGUGACGCUCAAGUCAAACAGCUUCACGAUGCCAUGAUGUACGUUUGCAACACGGCAGUCGAAACGCUUGCCGAUUCAGAAAAAUUCCCUGAAGACUGGUUGAUGAAGCAUCGAUGGGGGAAAGGCAAAAAAGAUGGCGGUAAGCUGCCCAACGGAGCAAAGAUCACCUUCCUCAAGGUUGGCGGACGAACGUCAGCUAUCGUGCCUAGCGUGCAGAAGAAAACGGGCGCCGUAGCUGGCGAUAUCUCAGAGGACGUUGACGGUGAAGAAGACGAUGACGAAAAGCCCAAGCUGAAGAAGGCUACAAAACGGAAGAACAAGGCCAAGAACGAGGACAAUGAUAGCGAGGAAUCGCAGGAGAAGCUGCCUGUGAGCACCAAACGCGGGCGAGGACGCAAGGCGCCAGAGCCGCCGAUUAAGGACGAGCACGAGGAGUCUGAGGAGAAACUACCUGUGGGGACAAAGCGAGGCAACAAGAAGGUAGUGGAGGAUAUUCAACAGGAGGACGACGUUGAUGAAGAGGAAGUGCCUAAGGUGAAGAAGCAGAAGAUGUCGAAAAGUUCAUCCACGCAAAAGAAGACGACGACCAAGAAGUCGAAUGGGACACAAGCAGAAAACACCGACGAGUCAAGUGUGCGAAGACGGUCCAGUAGAGCUUCGAAAGCUUGA